CAAAGCAACACGCGUUUUUUGCGGGAUGGACUUUGCUAAGAAUGUCCUGCAGAAAUACGGCUGGAAAGAAGGCGAUGCAUUGGGAAAGAAUGCCAACGGUAUCACCGCACCGAUCAAAGCGAGUCUCAAGUUCAACAGUGCCGGUUUGGGUGCUAAUCCCGCCAAAGACCUGACCAACAACUGGUGGGAGCGGGUAUAUAACGAUGCGGCCGGCAACAUCGCCGUGAACAAGCAGGCUUCCGCAGGGAUAGCACCGCACGAAUCGGCGGCAGUACAGUUCCGGCAGCUGGACGUGGAUGCUGUUGAAAUAUCGACUAAGGGCUACUCGGUACAGAAGCUAAAGAAAAAGGCACAGACCGCUGGUGCAUCGUCGCGCUACGGUACGAAUUUUCUCAAAGCUUCCACACUGCUGGGCGGUACGGAACGGGAAGAAGCGGCCGCUAACCAUAUCAGCACGGAAGAUAUCGAGUUAGCUCCGGUGAAAACGCUAACUGACGAGGAAUUGUUUGCUGCCUGCGGUGGCCGAACGGCACACAAGGGAGCUCGUCAUGGGUUAAAGCUGAGCGGGAAGCUGGCGCGUAUCGACGAGCAGAACACUAGGCUUCUGGAGCAGCUGGAAAGCAAAUCUUUUGAGACUGUGAUUCGAUCGAACGACUGGCAGAUUCAGCGGUCUAAAAACGGACGCAAAAAAUCAAAGAAACAGCAACGUAACGAGCAACGAUGGCUUGAGCGCGGCGACGGUGCUUCGGGGGCUGUGAAUGGAACGGGUCACGAGGGCGACGAAGAAGUGAAAGAUAUGGUGCAUCACGCGGACUAUGUGGUGGCGAAGAAUCGUAAGAAAAAAAAAAAUCACGAGCAAAGGGACCAGGAACUGGCCAAAGGUGUGAUAUCCAUGUUUACUGAGCUACCCGAGGAGGAGGAUGGUGGUGCCGCAGAGCAGAAGCCACAACAGGCGGUCGCGGCACCGAUUGCAAAGGCUAAAAAGAAAUCUAAAAUUACGUCUCGCAAGCAACCAACGAUGGAAGACGAGCUGGAUCGAUUGGGGGAAAAAAUACGUAAACUGGACCACGGCUCAGUAGUGAUCAAGAAGAAGGACAGAAGCAAAAAAGUAAAACGAAAAUCCGGGGCCGAUACUAACGACGACGAUACAGCAAUGGCGGAUCCGGCGGCCAGAUAUCGUAAAGACUAUCGGCCUGACGCCAAGCAGAAUAAUCGUCUACUAAAGUCGUCCGUUCCGCAUGAAGUUCCCAUGGUGCCAGUGAUCAAACCAAAGCUUUUGCUACGCUCCGACUCGAGCGAUGAAGAAGAGGAGGAUGUGGUGGAUCGAGUGAAUGCUGAACAGAGCCGGUACUGGAAGAAGAUGCGUGCCACCGUGCCAAGGAUAAAUAUUAUCAAACCAACCGAAGACGAGUGUUUGGUACUCGGGCAGGAGCUGAAGGAGCGGCACAAGUGUGAGGUGAAACGAGUCGCCAAUCGUACGGCGAGCGGUAAGCGCAAGAAAUCAAGGCGCAAGGAACGGCAGCUCUCCCAGCUGGCGGACAGUUUGUCGAAGAAGCUGUAAUGCAACGGAAAAGCAAUAUCCCAUACACACCAACUAGAAGCACGAAUAAGCAUAAAGUUAGAAGAGACAUCGUUAUUUCGAUCCUUUCUUGUUGCUGUUGGCCUUU